AUCGCAGUGAUCUCAGGGCGAGGGCUCGCGCGCUCAAAGCCACAGCGCCUAAGGUGUGCAGCCUCGCAGACGCGCGCACGUACGCAAGCACGCGCACAAGCGCGCACGCGCUCCGAAUAAAGGUUAAAAACCAAGCGCGAGCUUUUGCGGGCGAUUUUUUUUUAAUGAUUUAAAAAAAGAAGGAGGCAGAACGUAAGAGCUCCGCAGUUAUAAGUGUGUGUUUGUAAGACGCCUUCGUUUAUUGGCGAGCUCGCUAUUAUUAAACUUUUAUUUAUUUCUAUUUCUGGUCCAUUUUUGUUUGGUUCGGUUGUUUUGCCACGGGAAGCUGCGCGCGCGGAAAAGCACGCGCAGGUGGAAGCGUUUGUAGCGGGUCACUUUUCUUUUUUUUUUUUUCGGCGCUUUGCUGAACUUUUCGCCGCUCCUUUUUAUAAAACUCCGGGCUCUGUAAGGUGGUGCACAGCAUUUUGAGGACUCAUCAUGGCUUUUACAGUGACCCUGACUGGCCCAUCUCCCUGGGGCUUCAGAAUAUCUGGUGGGCGGGACUUUAAGAAGGCCAUAACAGUAUCCAAGGUGAACCCUGGCAGCAAAGCUGAGAAGGCUUCUCUUCAACCUGGCGAUGUCAUCAUGGAAAUUAACGGGGAAAAUACUGGUGACAUGCUGAACGUCGAGGCGCAAAACAAAAUCAAGAGCUCCAAGACACAACUGCAGCUCCUAGUCGAGAGGCCUCCGCCUUCGAGUCCAGGUCAAACUAACGGAAUCAGUUCCACAGAGCAACUGGUGGGGCGUUUCCAGGAAACCCUGCAAGUAAGAGAUGAAAACCAGAACUACAGAGAGUACUCCGUCUCCAGUCCUACAUCCUUCUCUUCAGUCCCAUACUCUCCAGAGUCACCCUCCAGCCCUGACCGCAAAUGGGGCCGAAUCACACCCACUACGAAGAGCCCAGUCUUCCAAUCCUGGACUCCUGAUGAGAAAAUCACCAGUCACAGACUGUCCAGACCACUUUCUCAGGAGUUUUUGCCAGUGGACAGUCGCUGCAACUCUGUGUCCAGUCGAACCCCAACUCCUCCUGAUCGCUACUCACCACACAGUCCGAUUGACCGAGAGUUACCCACCUCCCCUCGCCGCAACAGCUCGGAUUUUGCGAUGCAGCGGUUCGAUCGUGAAUCCGAGGUGUACAAGAUGAUUCAGGAGAACAAGGAGUCGCGUUCAGCUCCUCGCCAGUCCAACACCUUCAAAAUGCUGCAAGAGGUGCUGGAGGCUGAUGAGCAAGAGGCCGCACUCAUGUUUCCAGGGAAGCUGUCACCGAAUCCCCCUAAGCCUGUAUCCUCUGUCGCCGGAGUCCAGAAAUACCACACCUGUGAAAAAUGCGGCAACAAUAUUGUCACCCAGGCCGUGAGGAUCCUGGACGAGCGUUUCCGCCACCCCGAGUGCUACACCUGCACAGAAUGCGGCCUCAACCUGAAAAUGCGCGGCCACUUCUGGGUGGGAGACGAGCUGUUCUGCGAGAAGCACGCACGCCAGCGCUAUCAGGGGCCUGGAGCGGGCUACCGCCACCCCAUCUCCCCUCAGCACUGAACAGUCUGCUGCCUCACUCCCUCCAUCACGCCUUCCUGCACAAAGAGCACGGCGAACUCUGACUAACCUGCACAGGACACACCAGCUUCCUUUUGCUUUCGCAGGAACAGCACCCUCUAGCUGUGUGGGACUUGUGUUAGCUGUUGACUUUGGGAGGGGUGAAAGAAGUGUCGUAUAAACCAGUACAGCGUAUCCUUCACUUUAAACCUUGCCUGCCAGUUCUUUAUUUUGUAUUAAGCUAAACGGUUGGGAUUCAGAGAAACGUACGAACCCGGGAUCUGCUUCAUGCCUUAAUAUUCAUCACGAGAAAUGUAUAGUGCACACGGGACUGGUUUCCAUUGUGUGUUUGUGUGCGGUCGAGUUAGGUUUUUUUUGGUUUUUUUUGUUUUUUUUUCCUUCUUUGACUUAUCAGUCACUUAUAAAUCAAAAAUAUUUUGCCGUUCAUAUAUGCAGAAACACGCCUACAAACACACACACGUAUGUCUGUUUAAUUCAGGGCUGCUCAAACAGGGAUGCAAAAGUGAACAGAAAACCGCAGCAUUUGUCUACAUGGAUUCAAGACCAUUGACUUAAAAUGUCAGCCCUGAUUAAACACAUUUUUCUUCUUUCAAUUUUUUUUUCUCCACUUACGAUGUAAUGUAUAUCAAAGCAAUAUGAGUAAUAACAUGUCUAUGUAAAUACGUGUAUUUCUUCUUUAAAUGGUUAUAUGUAGGGAAUGGUAGAGGACAGGGUAGUAUGUGUAGGUUUUCAUGCAUGUCAGACUUGAUGCUGAAUACACAACACGUUGACUAUAUAAAGCCAGAUUAUAUAUAUAUAUAUAUUUUUUUUUUUUAAAUACUGGACUUUACCCAAGUAGCAUAUUUUCCUACACACACAACUCCACUAAUGUUGACUUGUUUGAUGGAUGAUUUGUGUCGGGGAAGAAAAAAAAAAGAAAAAAAAAACCUUGUGGAUUGUAACGUCAGCUGGGCUUUCCUCACCUUUUUCUUUUUCAAAUAUAAAAUGUACUGAUGUUAAUGA